AUGGCCGAAGAAACAGACUCCAAACUCACCCAAUUCAAAAACUCUGUCACAAAACUUGGUUCUUCCACACAGGGUUAUGGGGACGCUACACUGAUGAGGUUUUUGAUUGCUCGGUCAAUGGAUUCAGAUAAAGCAGCUAAGAUGUUUGUUCAAUGGCGUAAAUGGAGAGAGACUAUGGUUCCUAAUGGGUUUAUUUCAGAUUCUGAAGUUCCGGAUGAAUUGGAGACUAGAAAGAUCUUUUUGCAGGGUUUGUCUCAAGAUAAGUUUCCUCUCAUGAUUGUUCAAGCAAGUAGACACUUCCCUUCCAAGGAUCAGAAUCAGUUUAAGAAAUUUAUUGUACAUUUACUAGACAAGACCAUUGCGAGUGCUUUUAAAGGAAGGGAGGUAGGAAAUGAAAAGUUGAUUGGAGUUCUUGAUCUGCAGAAUAUUUCUUAUAAGAACGUUGAUGCACGUGGUUUAAUAACUGGAUUUCAAUUUUUACAGAGUUACUACCCCGAACGAUUAGCAAAAUGCUAUAUUUUACACAUGCCAUGGUUUUUUGUGAGUGUUUGGAGAUUAGUUUCUGGCUUCCUAGACAAGGCAACACAAGAAAAGAUUGUGAUUAUAAGCAAUGAAGAUGAGAGAAAGGAGUUCAUAAAUGAAGUUGGUGAAGAGAUUCUCCCAGAAGAGUAUGGUGGAAGAGCAAAGCUUGUAGCCAUCCAAGAUUUUGAAGUGACACCAUUAGAAAAUGGAACAACAAAUUGA